UUCGGUGUCUAUUCAUUGUGGGACAUUACACGUGUGCUGAGGUGAGAGUAUAUGGCUUUAUCUGCGGCGUAAAUACUCACGCAACUACGCAAUUUCCUUGUGUGGGAGAGAGAGAGAGAGAUACUCGAACACCCAGUUUGUCCACAGCUCACAUCACGCACGUAGAUGUCUUAUAUUCCGUGCAGGAAAAGUUAGAUCAGGUCGUUUGAAAGUUUUCGCGUAGGCUCUAUCUACCGAGACCGCACGCGGUCACAGGUGAAAUAAUAAACACCGGCGCCGUACACCUUUCCGUCCAGCCACCGUGUAAAGGUCACCAGCGAUCAUCUCCUAUGUUUGAAACAAUCGUGAUGAACAUGACGAGUUUGAAGGCGUUCACCGAGCCGUUUGGGAGAGUGGCUUCUGAACCGGUGGAGGACACGGACCCCAGCAGCUUCAUUACAGACAUGUCUUUGAGGUCAAAUUAUCCUGUUCAGGUCACUGAUCCACAAGGUAUCAGAGAUCCUGUAACCCUACAGCUCAGCUCUGUUCCCCCUGGAUAUCUGUUGUCAGCGGUGGACAGGAUACGACAGCCUGUGGAAAGUGAUGGUAGUGCAUUUAUUCCAUCAUCUUCAGUUUCAUCAGACUUCAGUAAAGAACAAAAGCCCUGUAAGGAGUGUAUAUGUUCGGCCCCUCCACCCAAAAUCAGUGACCUCAUGAACGACGAAGACCUUCUGUACAGUCUAAGGUUAAAGCUGGAUCCGACUCACUGCACUGUCAAAAACUGGAAGAACUUUGCAAGCCGCUGGGGAAUGAGCUACGACGAGCUAACGCUUCUAGAGCAGCGCACACAUGGUCCCACCUACCACAGUCCUACUCAAGAGUUCCUCCUGCGCUACAACCAGAAACUUGUCACGGAGCUCACCGAACUCUGCCAGCUGUACCAGCGCAUCGAUGUGCUUCGAUUGCUCCAGAGGUGGAUGGAGAACGACUGGCCCUCGCGCUGGCAGCAGGCCCAUUAGCUGGGACUUCACGAUAACUGGACCUCAAAGGAGAAACAUGUUCGUGGAAACUGAAAUUCUUGACUGCAGGAAUGGACAGCAGGGUCAGAACACACAUUACUGAACAGUGGUGGUACAAAGUCAAGGUAGUACACUGGAUGUAUUUAAUUUUUUUGUUAACCUUUGGCUGAUUUUAUCAGUCCAAAUGCCACUGACUGGUUAGCUGUAUUAGUUAUGUGAUAAAAGGGCGAAUAACAAAUAUAUGCAGCAGCACAUACAGCAUACAGCAUUUAAUUUAUUUUUAAUACAAACAGUCAUCUGCUGGCGGUGUGCCAUUGUUGGUGGUCUUAUGAAGUUUUCUUAAAUUAGUAACAUAUAAUGUCACUGGGCUAAAUAUCUAAAUGACAGCUUUUGCAGACUUUAUACACUGAAAUUCAUUCUGCUCGUGUUCUGUAAAAGAGACUCGCUGUGUGGGGACUGUUUGUGAAGUGGCCAGUUAAAGAUUCAAAUUUAGAAUUUGUAAAACAUUGUGAUCAAAAUUCCCAUUGCACUGCUCACUGAGCACUUGAAUUUAAAGCAACACUAUGUAACUUAUUCUGUGUUCAAAACAUCAGUAGAACAUAAAUUCAUCUACCAAACCACUUUUUUAUCUUAUCCUAAAUCACUACGGUACAUUUAUACUGCUGCGGAGAAACAUACCUGCGUGAAUCGCCAUUUUCACAACAUGGAGAAGUAGCUCUAGCCUGACUAUGUCAGACUUUGUACUUCCGCUCUAUUUCCGUUUGCUUCUGUACUCAGUCCGAGGUAGCAAACUAUCCCCCAGAUUUACUCCGGCUCCAAAACAGCUGGCCAAUCAAUGAACAGAGGGCUGGCUGGGAGCUGUGACGUAGAUGCUAAGCGCCAAGUUUAAGAUUGUAGUUUAGGUUAGGGAAAUCGAAAAUGACCGCUGAUAUUUUGCCAACUGAAGCCCGAACAAGAAGAGUGUUUGUUUCACAUUUUGAAUGGAGGUGAUGUUGUGGCCAUACUCCCGACAGUCCCGACAGGUUUUGGGAAAAAAAAGUUUAAUUUAUCAACUGUUACCGAUCGUCAGCGAGAAACUGGCGAGGCCAAAGUCCAGCAAGGUGAUAAUUAUGAUUGUGAACUGCCAUGUUUCCUCCGGUAUUUCGAUGGUUUUGUUUUCUCAGCAUUCCUGUGUUUACAGUGAAGUUCAAGGCAGCUGAUAACACACGUCAUAACCAAACGUUAUGCUAUACACCAUUGGUACACCAAUGAUUUUAAACUUCAGACAAGCGCCCUUCCAAUAAUGCCCUUCCAGACUCUGUCUACGAAGCAAAGCGAAGUAGCAGAGUUUGGUAUUACCAGGCUAAAGUAGCUCCGGUUAGAAUUUUCUCCCGCGGGAUGCGUGCAGUUCUUUUUUAUUAACUGCUAGGGUGCCAACAUUUACAUAGUGUUGCUUUAAUAUCAUGUUGGCAUGAAUGGCACUUGAUUUUAUUAUUGUUAUUAUUAUUUUUGUAUAUUUGAAUUUUUUGAGAUUAAGAAAUAUUUAGCUUGCCUCCUGAAAAAGGAAUGGUAAAAUAGCAGUAUAACUGCAGAGAACAAUGGAUCUGAAAGCUGACUAGUCUAGUUUUAAAUUUAAUUAUUGAAAAUAUGAGUUUCAAAAAUGCAGAUUGCAAAUGUUUCAAAAUGUAUGGUCAAAUGUAAAUUACAAUGCAGUAAGUAGGGUAGAAUGUGGCUACAUUACCUCCUCUAAACAAGACUCUUUUAAAAAGUGUUUGGGGUUGUGCCAUGUUCUCUACCUAGCUUUUUAUUUCAUGUGUCUAAAAAUUACAGCCUGUUUGUGUGCAUCAGGGGUUCCCUGUUUAAAAAUAAAAUGUUUUUAUGUACAGUA